AUGUUAACAGCAGGAAUGGUAGAAACAAGGAAAUAUGAAAACCGAAAGAUAACCUUCGGAGUUCAAACACUGUCCGAGAAUGUGAAGAAUAUCCAAGUACAAAUUGUUGAUUCGAUACUCGAACGGAUACCGUAUGUAAUAAACAAUGAAAGAGAGCAACUAGUUGAAAGUAAAUGGGGAAAACCAUAUGUAUUAUUAGGUGUGGAAGGGAUUGCAGAUGUAGUCAUUCGUAAUUCCAUGAAGCACCCACCAGGAUGGAUGAUUAUGGAAACAGAAGUAGAAGUGGUCUGA